AUGGUGUCUCAACUUGAUGUCCCGGUCGUUCGACUGCCAGCGGAGAACUCACUGGAGCUGAUUGAGCCGAUCCUUUUCUCCCGCAAAUGGCGUGAGCAGCUCCAUUACGAUGUUUGUGUGUUCGGGAAGUGUUUCACGCUUGGCUCACGAAUACCAAUGAGGGUGAAAUUGACGCCCCUAGUCGACCUCGAAUGUCAUUGGAUCAGGCUGCCCGCGAGAAAAGUACUUCUGUUCGAAAAGCAGGCUGGCCUUGCAAGUUACAGUACAUAUCCAGGCAGUACCAUGCGAAUCAUGACAGACGAGGGCACGGUAUGCCCUUCCGGCACUCAACCCGCGAAUCUCCUGGGGAAAGCAUCGGAAACCUCUGAGAUCAAACUAGAGGUGCAGUUGCCUCGAUGCCCAGAAAUGAGGACAAAGGAAAAAAGGCAAUCCCUCCACUUCAGCACCAAGGGCGGCGAUCCUGAGGUGAAUCAUUGGAUCCAACUCGUUCUAUGUCUUUCAACAAAAGGUAAAGACGGAAUGGGCUCAAGCAAGCCUAGGCCUGUGGAGUUGACCAUCGAGUCACCGUUCACUAUUCUGUCAUGCAAGGCCACUCCGGCCAAUAUUUAUGUUCCCCCAUAUGCGGUAGAACGUGAUAUCGGAGUGAGUCCGUCUCAAGAGGGCCAAUGCGGCUGUGGUGGAAUUGCCCGAUCAAUGUCCCUCGCCUCGAGGCACGAAGCCGAAGCGCCUGAAACCGAAUCAAUUGACAAUUCCACGUCCAUUAAAGCACAACUCCCGGGAGACAUCACACGGCCACUCAGCCUUGAUAGCAGCGCAAACGGCAUUAAGCAGCCCGCUCGAGCCCAUCUACCCGAUUGGGACCUUCCUCCUGAUGGAUUUCUCCCGAGAACUGCUCCGUAUGGAAGCCGUCAAUG